GUCUCUGUUUUUCCUUAUAUAUGUAAUGGUUGCAGAGAAACCACACUCUUUCAGACUGAGAAACGUCACAAAGAAGGCAAUAUUUCUCGAAAACUACUCUGUCCUUCAUUUGAAUGCACUUACAAAUAUCCUUCAAAUUUGUCUCUUUAGACUUCAAUAAUCUCAUCAUUUUCAGCAUAAAAAAAAUACCCUUUUUUUUCUUCUUUCUGUUUUCCAUUUUUCAUUUCCAUCGGCUGAAAGAAGAAAUCAAAGGGAAUGGCACCAAGAAGAAAACAACCCAGAAAGAGUGUUGGUAACACAAGAAUGGAUGCUGCUUUGGAUGCAAUGAGGCAAUUUGGUUUUGAGGAAAAACUUGUUAGAGAAACGGUUGAGGAGCUUCUUGAUGUUUAUGAAGGAAUGCAAGGGUGGCCUUUUAUUGAAGAGGGUUCUUACAAGCUACUAAUUGAAACUCUUCUUUGUGCUGAAGACAAGGAUGAUGCAAGAAAGGAUGGUGUUGGUGAGACAUCAUCAACUGCUACUCCUGCAACUGGGAUUACUGACGUUGGCUCCUCUGGUCUUUUGGCUCAUGACUCCAUAUCGCGUGGUAGUAAUGACAUGGACUUUGCAUCUCAAACCAAUGAUCAUCUUGACUCUGGUGUUAUGGAUAAUGUGCCAACUGAGAGAGGUGGAGACAGAAAAGGCAUUAAUAUGGACAAUGUCGAAGAAAGCAAUCACAAAACAUUUGGGAGCAAUGUUGAGAACACUAUUGUGAAGAGUUCUGUGAUUGAAUCCUCAAAAACAAGCGACAAGCUUCCGCACAAUGGGCGUAGACCUUACCAUGGAAGGAUUACUAGUGAUGACACUGACACUGAGAUGGAGGACCUUAUUUAUUUUCCGCUUCAAAAACAUGUAGAGAAGUUGAUUGGGAAGAGUGUAGCUCCGGAAAGACGAAGGCGGAAGAGUAGAUGGGAUGAAAGAGCAGAUAAUGUGUGAAUGUUAAAAUGUUAAUGAAUGAAUCUGUUGGCCUUGUUUGUGUUUUGUUUUUGUAUGCAAGUAAUGGAAGAUAGGGAUCAAUUUUUUGUUCGUGAGAUCCUAAAGAUGAAUAUUCAAUUGACUAGUUUUUAUGCUCCUUGGAGAUUAAUAUUGCUUAAAGUUACCUGAAUCAAGAUUCCAAAAAUUAUCAGUCAUUUCAUCAGCAGUAAGGAGUAACAAUUUAUUCAAAAUUUUGACAAUUAAUAAGAGUCCUUUAAGUUUGGAUCUU